AUGACGUCGCUGGAUCUGAGGCAACAGAAGCUCGAGCAGCAGAGGCAAAUAAUUGCGCAAAAGAUGAAACAGAAAAGACAAAGCGGUGCCGGUGGAAUGGUACAGGCGUCUAACAUGUCGAGUACUCAGCUUACCAGUCAUUCUACAAAGUGGACGAACCCGACUAAAGAUCUCAGAGGCUAUAAUGGCUCGCUGCAGUUUAACGCGUCUCAAAACGCUGAUUUAAACGCAUUCGCAGAAAACAAGGAUAUAGAAGCAAGAAUUAAUGAAGUUAGCACGGAAGGAAGAUUUUAUCAAGGUAUGGAGGCUGCCGAUUGCGCGGACGAGGAAUCGUCACCUAUAGACGCACGCUCGCCUUCGGAGUCCCUGCCUUGUCCUUCGCCUCUUAGAGUAGCUCCGUCGGAAGCCGCUGGUACCUUAAUUAGCAGAGAAAAUAAUUCUUCGAGCCCCGAAUUGGAGGGAAACGUGGAAGGGAAUGUGGAACAUUUCGUAUUGCAGCCAGCGAAUAAAAAGAUGCAUUACAAGUGUAGAAUAACGCGCGACAGAAAGGGUAUGGACCGUGGUUUAUAUCCCACCUAUUUUUUACAUCUGGAGCGAGAUUACGGGAAAAAGAUUUUCUUGUUGGCGGGUCGUAAGAGAAAGAAGAGUACGACGAGUAAUUAUCUGAUUUCUACCGAUCCGACGGACCUGUCCAGAGCCGGGGAGUCUUACAUCGGUAAACUGAGGUCGAAUCUCUUGGGAACGCAGUUCACCGUCUACGACAAUGGGUAUUCGUUGAUAAAGGACGACAAACGGGACGAUCGUUUCAAUCCCAGACAAGAGUUGGCCGCGGUCAUAUACGACACGAACGUCCUAGGAUUCAAGGGACCCCGUAAAAUGACCGUCAUCAUUCCGGGGAUGACGUCUGAUCAGAAGAGAGUCGAAAUUUGUCCACGGGACGAGUCGGAAACGUUACUCGAACGAUGGAAAACAAAGAAUAUGGACAAUCUGAUAGAACUGCACAACAAGACGCCGGUGUGGAAUGACGACACGCAGUCGUACGUGCUGAACUUCCACGGGCGGGUCACGCAGGCCUCCGUGAAGAAUUUUCAAGUGGUGCACGACAGCGAUGUCGAUUACGUCGUGAUGCAAUUCGGCCGCGUGGCGGAGGACGUUUUCACGAUGGACUACCGAUUUCCGUUGUGUACGCUCCAAGCGUUCGCUAUCGCUCUCAGCAGUUUCGACAGUAAGUUAGCUUGCGAAUAAAUGCCAUUUACAGAAACUAUCCUAACGAUGUUCGCGAAUCGCGAAACGCACGGUUCCGCAGGACAAUCAACAGGUCGCGAUGAUGUUCUUUUACAAACAUAUCUGUAACGAUGACUAGACUACGGAUUUCGUGCAUUUACAAGAUACGCUAUUCCGUAGCGCAGAAGCGCGUAAAAGGAAUUUUUAUGUAAACCGAUACCGAAAUUGUAUCGAAGGUAGCAUAAAAAUCGGUGGUUCGAAGUAAGAAUUCACACGUAAGAGUGAUCGACGCAAAUCGUGUGUUCACUUUUCUUAGAAACAUUUAUAAUCGGCGAUCGGCGAGCAUGCGGAUAAUACUAGAAUUGUAGAAAUAAUUAGAAUCAUGUCCGCGUCGCGAUGUCUAUUACAGGGUGAAUCACUUUCCCGUUCAGAGGUCGUACGACUUUCUUUCGUUGAACGAAUCGUACUCAUUUCG